AUGAACUCUCACACGCCUCGUCCUUUUCCCGGGCGAUCAAUAGCAGGAGGAUCCAACCAGCAUGUGCAGUCGCGGAAUCCCCCCGCGCCACAAGUGUCUUCCAACGAAGACUACGGCACCAUCGCCGACGAGGAUCGUGAACAUAUCGAUGAAGUCUUCGAUUUGAUGGACAUGAAGAAGAAAGGAUGGCUGAAUAGCUACGAAUUCAAACACUCCCUUGCCGCUCUCGGCUUCGACAUGGCCAAGCCCGACUACUGCAGAGAACUGGAAAACUACGGCCAAGUGCCUCCGGACUGGCGGGAUCCCCAUACCUGUCCCGUUAACCGCUUGCUCAUCUUCCCCGAUCAAUUCCGACUAUGCGCCGCAAAGCUCAUCGCCAGACGAGACCCGCGCGAAGAAGCCAUCAAGGUAUUCAACAUGUUUGAUUACGACCAAGACGGCAUUAUUUCGGUCGAAGACAUGCGACAUCUGGCACAGGACAUCAAGGAAGAGCGCACAAUGACGGACGAAGAGAUUCAGACCAUGAUAGAACAUCUCGAUCACGACGGCAAGGGCGGAGUCAACCUCGAAGAGUUCAUCCAGAUGAUGGAAGAGGCUGGCUAA